GUGUUAAACCUGGAGCGGGGAUAUUAACGUGAAUUGUGCCGUGGUGACCGCUUGCACCACCCAUUAGCUCAGUAAACAAUCCCUUGUCCGUGAGCUCUAUGUGACUGUAACGAUGUAGAACGUUUAAUAACAACCUUGUAUACGUAAAACGUGAGGUAAACUUUACGCAGCGCUGCUUAUGCAUGAGCAUUGCCAACCAAAUCGGUUGACGACGAUCGUCAAUUCUCGACUGCUGGAUGAGGCCCAACUCCCCAUGCAAGCCGUGCUCACGUUGCUUGCUCGUCGUGGGCCGCCCUCAGUUGACCAUACUUCACCACUCCUGGCUCACUCGGUGCUUGUUUAGUGGAAGUAGCGGGGAGCAGUGGACGUGGGAGAUCAUAGAAGGUGUCUAAUGGACCCUUUAUGAGCAGUUUCUAAAUCGGCAAACAUGUCUGGUUUGUCAAAAGAGAGUCAAAUUGCCAAGAGACACAAUCCAGUGGAGAGCAUCCGCCGGAAGAUUAACACCAUCAACUUGCGAGAACAUGGAAGCAACCCCAUCACACACAUCCCCAAGUACCAGUCUCGCAACUAUGAAUGCCAAGGAGGCAGUGUACGGCGAAACCUGGAGUCUCUGCUGCGAAUGCAGGGUACACCGGUCAUCAAUCCAAAUUACACCCAACGCCAUAAUUACCAACAUUAUCAGUGGAAUGAUGAGUCACAUCCAACAGGCGACCUCAUAAUCUUCUCCAGUCCAAAUGUCCCGGUGGAGACAAAUACCAGUUCCAGGCGAUUUGAUGGUACAAUGCAUGUCAUGGACAGCAAAAUGGUACAGCUACCAAAAAGACAAGGUUGCUCUACACCAGUGGUCGAUGAAGAAGACAACGACACAGCAGGUGUUGACAGGCCCGCUGUGUGCCAGCGCUCGCAAUCAGUAGAGUCGCCGACGGUGCGUGGUCUUUGUAAAGGAAUUCUGAGGCCCGAGCCAGACCAUCUGGAGGCCUGCAGCCCAGUUGCCAGCCUCGAUGGUUCGUAUUUUUCUCCUGAAAAUCCUGCCAAAUCAGAGAGUUUGGAUGGAUCGUCUGAAGAUAGUGUGGUCUCAAGUGAAAUUGGCUUCAUUUCGGAGGAGAAUCUCUUGAAUACCAUCUUCAAGACUUGUGACACAGAGAGUACUGGUCAUGUUGCAGUGGCAAAAAUAAUUGAGUUUGUGCAGCUCACAAUAAGCUGUGGUUCAGAGGACAGUGGGCUGCAAGAGCUCCACACCAUGCUUGACCCUGAGAGAAGAGACCUUUCCAUUGACAUGGACACCUAUCAGGCCAUAAUGUGCGAGUGGAUUGAACAUCGUCGCACAAAAGCGGACGAUGUGGAGACACAGGAUGAGCUGAAAGCUGUGGAUGUCCCAGAAUUUGUCUUGGCUGAGCCCAGCCAGAAAGCCAGCAUGCUGAGUAUAACGGUUGGAAGUCUAGAAGCUCUGGGUGGGGAUAUUUCCCGCAUGGAUUUAGAGACAUCAGAUCUGAUCAGCUGCAUAGCAGACCUUCAGCACACCCACAUGCGGCUUUUGGAAGAUAAUAUGAAGUUGAAGGGCUCGCGGGAAAUGGCUGAUGAACUCAAUGCGAAGCUUGUUGAACAGAUAGACACCCUCAGCAUGCAGCUACGCAGUUCACAGGUGCUGUUGCAACGAGACGAGUCACUCAAAGAUGAAAUUGAGGAGCUAAAGCGUUCCUUGGCUAAGGUGGAGGAGGAACAUGCCCAUACCAAUGUCCUGAACAAGCAACUUAAGAAAGACAACCUGCAGCUAACUAGCAACAUGACUACUCUUCAGGAUGAGGUCGUGAAGCUAAGAUCAGAAAAUGACUUUCUCUGUAAACAAGAAAUUGAGUCUGGAAUAACAAUGGAAGAUAUCAAAAAACAGCUUCAAGAGUUGGAAGCAGUCGCUGCUGAGAGAAACAACCUUUUAUUUGAGCAAAGAAACAACCACCUAAAGGAAAUGAUGGAAACAGUGAGUGAAUACAACUGCAUCAUUGAGAGUUUGCGUGCUGGUAAAAGCUGCCUUGAGGCACAGAACCUAGAUUUGCAGGAGAAGGUCGCGAUGCACACUAAAAACAAUUGUGAGAGCCCCGACCUAUCUCAAACAAUACUGAUGUGCAAUUCCAUUGACAUGGAGAUUACACAGGCUGAGAAGAUUUGUCGGCUGCAGAAUAAUAUGAUUAACAGCCACGCUGAUAUACUUCAUGUGAAGACACGGUUGUCAGAGACCGGCACAGACAUGGUGGGUAAGAGUGCAUGCCAAGAUGAAGCGGUGCAGGCUACUACCACUCAGGCUGAACAGGCAGUUUCUACCCAAACCGAUGGUGAUCUUGGAAAAGAGACUGCCACACGAGAGCACUCUACAUUCCUUGUGGAUAUGUCCAGCAACUUGACAAGCUGCAGUGGCAGCAGUGCCGAUGCGAUGGAGUUACCCAGCGUGCCAAAUGUUAUACUUGAUAACAUGUCCCUAUAUUCAACUCCGCUCCACAGUCAACAGAUCCACGAUGGUGUACGGGACGUAAAGCCAUGUAACAAAAUCUUUAGAGUAAUCGUACCUGCCUUUUUACUGAUGCUCACCACACUUGGGCUAAUCGGUGCCAUCACUACCUUCCCACACACAUUUGUGCCAACUGUUGAACAUGACUCUGCCUAUGCCAGUGUAGAAACUUUGAUAUGGCCAUAUACAGACUUCCAGUAUGUGCGCCGGCCACCUAUUUAGAGGGUCCCUUGAACUUCAGAAUGUUUUGGCAGAGUCCUUACAGCCUCACUUCUCACCAACUCAUAAUCUGAACUGUAAUAUCUUACUUUUUAAUUGUUUAUUGCUAUAGCAUUGCCUAGGGAGGUUAUGGUGGUCACAGAAAUUGUGAAUUUGAAAACAGUCCAUGAAACCUUUCCCCAAGCAACCAUGAGAAAUUGCCCCGUGGAGACUCGCGCAGAGAUAUGGACAUGGAUGCUGAGAUUCACGCAGAGACAUGGAAAUAUACACUGAGACACGACGUUACUGCUCACAGGCAGAGGUACACAUGCAUCGAGUCAGAGAUGCACACGCAUGGAAAUGGACACAGGGAGACAUGGAGAUAAUACACGGAAAUACUUAGAAAGACACGACCAUACAGAGACAUGGAGAUACACACAGGGUGACACAGAUACAUGCACAGACGUGUAGGUAUACAGAGAUACACAGUGCCGUGCUUUUAUUUCUUGUUCAAAACAUAACAAUUGUCGCCGUAGUUACCUCCUGCUGAAUUUAUAUGAUGCUUAGAGCAUACAAAUGUCCAGUUACAGGUUAGCACUUUUUAACUGAUUAA